GGGAGUGAUAUUAAUGUAUUAUACACCUGUCUGCUAAUUACAUCAGACUGAAAAGUGUGUGAUUGCUUAAUCAAUUACAUUUACACUGCUACUAGUACUACGUCAGGUGUAUAAUAUAUUACGCGAAUUAUCUAACUAUUUUAAUCAUUAUUAUUGAUCCCCAAAAACUCAACGACUAUAGAGUAUAGAUUCUCACUAUUCUCAAUCCUAACCAAAACUGUUCAAAUCAUUGCAGUUCAGGUCGUACAACUAAUACUGAAAAAGAUGAGUCAGGCUCAAACUUCAUGGAGAGCUGAGAAAUGGAGGGCAGUGUUCGUGUUCGCAGCUAUCUACUUACAGAGUUUCGUUCUGUACGGCUGCUCGGUGGUCUCCAUCUCCUUCUACGUAUCGUAUCUCAUCGACAGAGGAAUCCCAAAUAUCCAGGUGGGUCUAAUAGGAAUGUUCCCCUGUGUUGGCUACGUGUUUAAUCUCUGUUACGACUUGUUGGACCACCUCCUCGUCAAGAAGAACGUGUCCUUAAAAGUGUGCCAGUGCAUGUUUUUCACUGUGGCUAUACUCAACUGCGUAGGGCAAGGCGCUGUGGAUCUAAUCCCUUCCAGCUACAACGAUCUGCUAGUCCUGGUCCUCACCCUUCAACGAGCAGUGAGCGGUUACGUUGGCUUCCUCGCCAGUAAAGGAACUGUGGAAUGUUGCAGAGUGUGGUUCCCGGAUCACAUGAACUUGAUUAUAGGACUGGAGUGUGGAGCUUACUACUUCGGAGGAGCUCUCGUUAUUCUUAUGGGAGGUUACGUCUACGAGGCUUUCAGCUUCAAGGAACCGUUCCUUGUAUUUGGCUUCGUUGCAGUUCUUUUCCUGCUCUUCAAUCUAGCUACCUUGCCUAAGACCUCGGAUCCAGUUUUGGUUAAGGCGAAGGAAGAAUCCGCAGAAGAAAACAUACCUGAGGCUGAGCAUGAAAGUAAGGGUUUGAAAGAGUCACUAGCAGCCGAUACUAACCAAGGUCUCUCAUGGAAAGUUAUCUUCCCGCUUCUAGCUCAGGCCAUGACACUCAUUCUAGAGGGUUUCUCCACUUCAAUCACUACUCCCUACCUACUCGACGAGUUCCAAGUCCCUCUAGGUAAAGGAAGUAGCUACGUGUUUGUGUUCUACAUAGCCUCCUUCCUCGGCUGCUCUGUAUCUGGAGUCAUGUUGCAGAGAAGGUGUGGUCCCAGUAAGAUCGUAGCAGCAGGCUCCAUAUCAGCAGCUCUAGGUGUCCUGCUUAUCUUCCCUGGUCAAGUCUCUCAGUGCCUCUACAACUUAGUUCCGCAGACGGCCUACUUGGGAAUGUUCCUGCAAGGGUACGGGUGCCAGCUGGUCGCGGUGGCUUCUCUGCCAGCAGUGGAGGAGGUACACGUGGUGCUAGGAGGGAGGCAGUGCACCAGGGCUCACAAAUCAGCGGUGUCUACCUUGUGGCUCUGCUCCUGGAUGCUAAGUGUGUACGCAGGUCACAUGGUAGCUCUGAUGGUCAUCAAGUAUAUGACAUGCACGCUGGGAGGCUGGAUAAUGGCUGUAUCCUGCACUGGUGCAGCAGUGGUUAGUAUUGCUCAAGAUGUGGCCAUCCACCGGUCCAAGACUGCUCCACCACGACCUGAAGUAUGAAAUUACAAGAUCACAAUUAAAUGAUGUUCUGCAUCAAGUUGAAGGUAUCUAAAUUAUGAAGUUCAGAUAAAAUCACACGGAAGUUUCUUUGAGAGAAUAUCAAACGCCUUGCUAAAAUGUGAGCGGACAUAGACAGGUUUCUCAGAUACAUACUGCUAUCGAAGUGAAGCAAUUUCUAUUGAGCUAUGAAAGGCUAGCUCCUGUCUGAACAAUACUGAGACAGUGAGACAGUGUCAGGCCCCAUUGUGAUUUGUUGUAAUAAUCUACUGUUUUAAACACGAACUUGGACCAAGACUUUUAACAAUUUCAUUGUGUAGAUACUGUC